UAGAUUACUAGAAUAGAAGAUAGAAGUGUAGAAGAAAAAGUUCGCGGUUAGUCGGCGUCCUGUAAAUAUUUUACAUUUUCUUUUUAAGAAAAAGCCAUUUAAAUAAUUCAUUAUACAAAUUACGUGACUAGUUACGAACUACAUCAGCAAGAACUGUUCACCAUCUCAUCUUGCACCUUAUGGGUAAGAAGAAGGAUGUUGUUGAAAAUGAAAGUGAAUCUGAAGAAGAAUAUUCAGUGGAAAAAAUUAUUGACAAGAGGGUAGUAAAUGGGAAAGUCGAAUAUUUUUUGAAAUGGAAGAAUUAUUCUGAUGCAGAUAACACGUGGGAGCCGGAAGAUAACUUGGACUGCCCUGAUCUUAUUGAAGAGUUUGAAAGAAAUCGAAGAGAAAAGAAAGCUGCAGCAAAGACUGCACCAAAAGAUAGAAAAAGAGCCAGAAAAAACUCUACUUCGUCUAUGGCAUCUGAUGCAUCUGAAAUUGAAAAGAAAAAGAAAUCUGCUCGAGCUCGUAAAAAUUCGACUGAUUCCGAAAAAUCUGAUGGUUCAGAUGUAAAAGUGAAAGAAAAGAAGAAAAGGAGAAGAUCAUCAUCUGAAGAGACCGAUAAGUCUGAAAUAGAUUCAAAGAAAAAGGAAAAGAAAAAAGCUUCAAAAAAAACAAAAGCUGAUGAUUCAGCUUCCGAUAAUUCAGACAAGGAGACCAAAAAAACAGAAAAGAAAAGAAAUAAAAAAGGAAAAAACGAUUCCGAUUCUGACGAAUCAGAUGAUGAAAAAGAAAAAAAUAAGGACGUUGAAUCUGAAUCUGAGGAAGUAAAAAAGAACGACAGAAAGAAGAAAGCCAUAGAUAAACCUGUAAAAAAAUCAAAAACUGCUUCUGACUCUGAAGAGGAUACAACUAAAAGGCCAUCCAAGAGUGCAAAAGUAUCAGAUGACUCUGACCAUGAAUCUUCUCUCAAAAAGAAGGCAAAGAAUUCUGAUGAUGAAACACCGGCAAAGGGAAAGCCAAGAAGUAGAGCUGGAAAAAAGGCGAAAGCUGCUGCUCCAGAACCUGAAGCAAAAAAUGGUUUUGAUAGAGGAUUACAGGCUGAAAAAAUUAUUGGCGCCUCCGAUACGACAGGAGAACUUAUGUUUUUAAUGAAGUGGAAGGGAACUGAUGAUGCUGACUUGGUUCCAGCAAAAAAGGCAAAUGUCUUAUGUCCUCAAGUGGUGAUCCAGUUCUAUGAAGAACGUCUUGCGUGGCAUUCACCAGACGAAAGUUAAAUCAUAAGUUAGUAAGUGUCCAUAACAAUAUUAUAUUUGCUUUCUUACUAUAAGUGAAUUAGUUAGUUUUUUCUUUAUUUCUGCAUAUUUUUGAAUUAUCAAAUUGGUUUAAAAACCGACAGAAAACAGGUGUUAUUUUGUUUUCCAAUGUGCUCAUAUCAUUAUUUUAUAUUGUUUUGUACUAUUCAGUGUAAUGAUGCAUGUGUUAAUACAUUACAUUUUAAUGCUGCAACA